AUGGCUGCUGCCCGGUUGCUGCUGCGCCUGGCCGGGCGCCUGGAGUCGGCGAACUUCACGCAGACCUUAGCCCGGCCAACCCCCUCUUGUCAGAGACCCCCUUUCUGCCCUUUUGCGGCUCUGGACCAGCAGCCUGGGGGCUCCAGGACCGAGCUGACCACGAAUAGAGGUGUGGCUGUGGCUGUGGCUGUGAUUCUUCAGUCCAGUGACCAGACUGUCUUGUUGACCCGAAGGACAUGCACCCUCCCCAUUUCCCCCAACAUCUGGGUCCCUCCAGGUGGCCACAUGGAACUUGAUGAGGAGAUACUGGAGUGUGGGCUUCGAGAGCUGCAGGAAGAGUGUGGGUUACAGCUGCCCCAGGACCAGUUCUCUUGUGUCCUUCUGGGGUUGUGGGAGUCUGCCUACCCUCCUAGGCUGAGCUGGGGUUUCCCCAAAUACCAUCACCUUGUUCUCUACAUACUCGUGAUCUCCCAGGAGUCACAGCAGCAGCUCCAGGCCCGGAUCCAAAUAAAUCCAAAUGAGGUGAGUGCCUUUAUGUGGCUGGGACCAGAUGUAGCAACGGCUGUGGCUGCCACAGAGGAUGGCACAGAGACACCCAGACGUCUCCUCCAGGACCUACCACCCUCUCUCCCUGCAACCGAACUGAGGGACGACGGAGGAACCCAACCUCUGUUCCUGCCCGUGUCCACACUCCUGAGGACAACCCCAACCACAGCAGAGGACAAAGAACGGGUCAGCACGGGAACCAAGUUUGCUCUCAGGCUCUGGCUGCAACAUCUGGGCAGGUGAAGGGAAAAGUGAAGUUUACAUGGAGCCUGGACCAGCAAAGGAAGGAUGGGAGUCUGUGAGAUGGUGGAUGGAAAGGCUUCUGCUGCAAAGACCUGAGACCUGAGUUCAAUGCCUGCAAUCUCCUUCAAGGUGGCAGGAGAGGUCCUACCCCAUAAAGCUGGCCUGACGUCCACAUGCAAAGCCAAGGCACACAUGCACAUACAUACACACACAUACACGGCAAUAAAAAUUUUUAAAUGUUUUUCUAAAAGUGAAAAGAUGGAACAUGGACCCUCUGCCCCACAAGCCAGGGGUCUGGAAAGUGAGGUACAAAAUCCCUUCUCUCCAGGACGCUCACAGAACGUUCACAACCUUUAUUGUAGGUGAGAACUCUGCUACAACUCUGAGGAUAAAA